AACAAAAAUACAAAUCCCAAACAAUCCUCCUCCUCCUCCUCCCCACCCUGGAUCACUAUAAUAAUAAUUCCCCAAAUCCCAAUCCCCUGACUUUAUUCCAGAUUCAGGUGAGUAUCCAUGGGGCUGGUGAAGGCGGCAGUUGGUGAUGCGGUGCUCACUUUCAUGUGGAUUAUCUGCGCUUCCACCAUUGGCGCCACCACCUCCAUAAUCUCCGAUAUCAUCGGCGUUGAAGGCAACGCUUCACUUGCCAUCACUACCGCACUCAUAUUCGUCGUCUCUGUUCUCUUUGGAUUCAUCGCCGAUGCGGUCGGUGGCGCUAGCUUUAAUGCUACCGGUACUGUUGCCUUUUACAUCGCCGGUGCUGCUGGAGAUGACGAUACGCUUAUGUCUACGGCUGUUAGGUUUCCGGCUCAGGCAGUUGGAGCAGUUGGUGGUGUAUUGGCACUUAUGGAGUUGAUGCCAUUAGAGUAUAAGCAUAUGCUAGAAGGGCCUACACUAAAAGUUGACUUGCACACAGGAGCCAUUGCUGAAGGGGUGUUGACAUUCGCUAUUACCUUUGCCGUCUUAUUGAUUAUCAUUAAGGGUCCUAAGAGCUUCUUCUGGAAGAAUUGGAUGAUUUCCGUUGCCGCUAUGGCGGUGAUUGUUCCUGGUUCAAGUUACACCGGUCCUUCAAUGAAUCCUGCCAAUGCGUUUGGGUGGGCGUAUGUAUAUAAUAAACACAAUACAUGGGAGCAGUUUUAUGUUUAUUGGAUAUGUCCAUCAUUAGGGGCAAUAUUGGCUGGCUGGUUAUAUCGGCUUGUCUUCCCACCUCGACAAGCUUCAAAGCAGAAAACGGCCUGAAAACAAGGCGGGUGCGCGUUUAUUAAAGACAGGACAUGGUGAUUUGUUUUAUUUUAGGCAUAAUAAUCUUUAGUUUAUGUGACUUGUUUAGUUUCAGUGAGCAGUUGAUAGUCUAGGGACACAAUUUUAAUAGUAUUAUAGAAUAAAUCCAAUUUAUUAAUUUGAUCA